AUGAAGCGCAAACAGACGGAUUCGGGCGAUGAGCGUCCUGUCUCGACGCCCAAGAGACAGAGGACGGCAGCAUUUAAUGGUUCGACGAAUGGAUACGAGAAUGGAGAAACCCCGGCUGGAGCGUCGCCGUCGAAACGGAUAAAGUCGACACCCCAGAAGCCCAGCACGGCGACACCCGCAGCAUUGAAAGAAUCCGGGCUGAAAACGCCUACACAAAAGUCCAAGGCAAAAGCUUUAUUUUCAACUCCUACCAAAUCUGCUGCUGUCUCCACCCCUUCGAGAGUACGGAACGCGGACCGAUCAGCGAAGAAGAAAAGCGCACGUCUUCUUCUCGAACAAGACGACGAGGAAGACUGGGACGGAGCUGAUCGCCUGGCGGAGGAAAUUUUGCAGGACGACAAUGAUGCGACUGCUGCAGAGAAUGGGGGUGGUGUAGUCGAGACGGUCGAGGCAGAGGAUGAAGCAAACAAGACUGCCCAAACACCAAAGCGCCGAGCAGGAAGACCGAAGGGUGCGAAGAACAAGCGUUCACCCACUCCGGAGGGUGAACUCCCGGCCCAUGAGCGGUACUUUUUCCAGAAUCGAGCCGGGCCUCCGCGGACAUCAAACAAUACACUGAAUAAGGUCACCCUAUUAACACACGAAGAGUACUUUGAGAAGAUGGCACAGUACACAGACCCGUGUCAGGAAGAGAAGGCAUUUUUACUCGAUGUACACCAUCGGUCAUUCCCGCAAUGGAACUUUGAGUUUGAACAAGGAUAUAAUAUUUGUCUGUACGGGUACGGCUCGAAGCGUCCCCUACUGCAGAAUUUCGCCGAGUGGCUAUAUCAGAAGAAUAAUUCUUCCCCUCCAUCCAUCGUGGUGGUCAAUGGGCAUACACCGAACAUUUCCAUUCGGUCAAUAUUCGCUACGAUUGUCACCGCCGUGCUCGGUGCUGACAUUCCCUCCAAAUUGGGUUCUCAGCCGAUAGAGGUGCUGGAGUUGUUGCAGUCUGCGCUGAAAUCACGCUCAUCACAACGGCCAAUCACCGUCCUAAUCAACUCCAUUGAUGCACCACCCCUUCGCAGAGCUGCGACCCAAGUCCUCCUUGCACGACUCGCUGCUACGCCCCAAAUCCACCUCCUUGUAACGGCCGAUACACCGAACUAUUUGCUGAUGUGGGACAUCAGUCUCCGUGAUCAGUUCAAUUUCGUCUUCCACGAUUGCACAACAUUUGCAGCGUUCGACACCGAGUUCGAUGUUGUAGAAGAGGUGCAUAACCUGCUUGGCCGCAAGGGGCGUCGUGUUGGGGGUAAAGAGGGUGUCGAGUUCGUGUUGAAGAGUCUUCCGGAGAACGCACGGAAUCUGUAUCGCCUGCUCCUGACCGAAAUCAUAUCAAUGUUCGACGAGGGCCAUAACUCGGAUGAUGAAAUGGAUGGUGGAGCAGGACGCGACGGGGAUGGAAAGGAUGAAGUCGGUAUUGAAUUCCGUUCGCUGUACCAGAAAGCUACCGAAGAGUUCAUCGCUUCCUCCGAGAUGAUGUUCCGGACGCUGCUGAAGGAAUUCCACGACCAUCAGAUGAUCACGUCAAGGUUGGACCCAAGCGGCAUGGAAAUUCUGGGCGUGCCGCUUCCGCGCGACGAAAUGGAGGGAGUUCUCGAAGACUUAGUGUUGAGUUAA